UUGUAAGUCCUCCUGUGCGGCGGGUGGCGCUGUUGCGUGUCAAACGUGUGCUGACAUACCGGAAGUGACUAACAAUAACGAGGAACCUCGCUAAGGCUCUAUUGUCAGGGCGUAAAUUGGCAUAACAAGGAGUGGUAUUAAAACGACUCUCUUGAUCAAACCGAAGUCUUACACACAGACAUGGGGACUGAUAAAAGACUCAGUCGUAGUGAACGUAAUGGAAGGUAUGGCUCAGAUGGCAGAAGGGAUGAUCCUGAAUGGUGUGACAGACGGGGUAGAGAUGUGGAGAGGGACUAUGAUCGACGAUGGGGAGAAGAUAGAUUUAGGGAGCACCUUGAUGACAGUCCAGAGAGGGGUCGAAAGCGACGCAAUAGUGACUGGUCUGAUGACGAAUAUGAUGGAGAUUAUCUAGACCAGGACUACAAAAUGGAGCAAGAGGAGGAGAGCAAAACUAUAAUGCUGAGGGGUCUUUCUCUUCAUGUCACAGAAGAAGAUAUCCGUUCAGCACUUGAGCAGAUGCAGGGGCCCCAGCCUGUGGACGUUCGCUUGAUGAAAAAAAGGACUGGUAUAAGCCGAGGUUUCGCCUUCGUGGAGUUUUAUCACUUGCAAGAUUCUACUCGAUGGAUGGAGACCAAUCAGAACAAGCUGGUGAUCCAGGGGAAAAGCAUCAUAGUGCACUACAGUAAUAGGAAACAGAAAUUUGAGAACUGGCUUUGCAAUUCUUGUGGUCUGUACAAUUUUCGAAAGAGGUUGAAGUGUUUUAGAUGUGGAGCAUCAAAAGUUGAUGGAGAAUCUCCUGCAGUCAAUGGAUUAAAUGUAGAGUCUCAGCAGCCAGGGGAUUAUACUGGAGAUACAAUCAUUUUAAGGAACAUUGCACCCCUUUCAACUGUUGAUGGAAUUUUAAACAUGUUGGCGCCAUAUGCUAACUUGUCCACGGGCAACAUCCGCCUCAUCAAAGACAAACAAACAGGACAAAAUAGAGGCUUUGCCUUUGUUCAACUCUCAUCUCCUUUGGAGGCUUCACAGCUGCUCACCAUUCUCCAGAGCCUUCAGCCACCUCUAAAACUGGAUGGAAAAACAAUUGGUGUGGAUUAUGCCAAAAGUGCUAGAAAAGACUUAGUGCAGCCUGAUGGGAUCAGAGCCAAUGCUCUCUCUGUGGCCAGCACAGCUAUUGCUGCUGCCCAGUGGUCAUCAAGCCAGCUAAAAGGUUCUGGUGCUGUUCCUGACUUUGUCACUCUUCCAGAGGGUUUUGCACAACAGGCUCAGGCUCAGAAUUAUCAAGUGUGGCAGCAGCAGCCUGGUGGCUUGACUCCUGGUGAUGGAUUACUUGGAGCUGCUCCAGGAAUUAAGACCUUCCUCCCUGCAGCUCCCAGUGUGGUCAUAUCCCAGAUGGCUCAGGUUUACCAGCCUGUCAUCAUCAGCCAGCCAGCUGUGCAGUCCCAACACGUAGCAGGUCCAGUUGAUGCAGUACAACAGCCUGCUAAUGUUGGCACCACAUCACUGGUAACACCGUCAGCUUCUAAUGUAACAACUACAGUCUCUACUACUCCCACUGCAAACACAUCAGCUAUCCCUGAUGCCUCCAAGUACCAAUAUGACGAGUCCUCAGGUUACUACUACGAUCCACAGACUGGCCUGUACUAUGAUCCCAGCAGCCAAUACUACUAUAAUACGGAAACUCAGCAGUACCUGUACUGGGAUAGUGAGAAGCAGACAUAUGUCCCUGCACCAACCGAAAAAAGUCCGGAUCAAGUGUCAUCAGCUACUGACCCAGCAAGCUCCUCUGCAGGUGUAGCUACAAGCAGCAAAGAGCCAAAGGAAAAAAAAGAAAAGCCCAAAAGCAAGUCUGCACAGCAGAUUGCAAAGGACAUGGAGCGCUGGGCAAAAACCUUAAAUAAACAAAAGGAAAGUUUUAAGAGCAGUUUCCAAGGCUUAGGAACAUCCAAGGAGGAAGACAGGAAAGAGUCUGCAGCUGCCGAUGCAGGAUUCUCCCUCUUCGAGAAGAAGCAAAUGGGAGCAUUUGAGAUGCCACCCCUCAUGGUAGAGCAAUUCAAAUUCAUGGAGCAGGAGAGCUCAGCUAAGAGUAGUGCAAGUGCUGCUUACAACGGGGACAGUGACCCAGAGGAGAGCAGUUUGGAUAGAGCAGCAGACCUGGAUGGAAGCAUAACAGACUGGAAAAAGAUGGUUUGUCUGCUGUGCCGACGACAGUUCCCCACCAAAGAGGCUCUGUUGCGUCACCAGCAGCUCUCUGACCUCCACAAGCAAAAUUUGGAAAUUCAGAGAAGAUCGAGGCUUUCAGAAGCAGAGCUGGAGGAGCUGGAGAGGAAAGAGAGUGAGCUCAAAUACAGAGACAGAGCUGCAGAGAGAAGAGAGAAGUAUGGAGUUCCUGAACCACCUGCUCCAAAGAAGAAAUUUUAUCAAGCACCAACUCCAACAGUGAGCUAUGAACAGCCAACCAAAGAUGGUCUAACAAGCGAUAACAUUGGAAACAAAAUGCUGCAAGCAAUGGGCUGGAAAGAGGGCAAAGGUCUAGGACGCAACCAGCAGGGGAUCACCACGCCCAUCUCGGCUUCAUUAAGAGCCAAAGGCACCGGUUUGGGUAUUAAAGGAAGCUCAUAUGAGCUCUCGCCAUCUGACACCUACAAAGAUGCUGUUCGCAAGGCCAUGUUCGCACGCUUCACUGAGCUGGAGUGAGCCGGCCACAGGGAUCAUACUGAACUGUGAAACCAAAUUAUGUUACUGUGACAGGAAAAGCUGUUGCCAGACAAAAAGAAACAUAUUUUUGUCAACCCAAAUAUGUACAUUUCUGUAAAGUUUCUGUACAUAUGAUGAUGUGGACAUAGCAAAGUCUUCUCUUUACGUGAGGUUUCUAAUGAAUCAAUGUUCUACUUCUACACACCCUGUGCUCACAGUUACUUAGUUCAGUUAGUUUAGUUUUCUUCUAGGAUAGAAUCUAUACAGACUGCCAAAUAUUCAGAACUGCACUAUUCAUGUUUUACAUGAUCAUGAUAUGGGCUUGUUUCAAAAUGUUUUUCAUUUAAUAAGUAGCCUUUUUUAUUUCUCAACUAAUCUUAGGUUUCAACAAUACAAUGGCAUUGAAAGGUUAUUUGGAGACAUUUUGUUUGUAAACUAAUUUCCUGUAGCCCACAGAUUGUACAGCUUCAUCCUCAUGUGGGUUUUUUUUGUUCAUACUCAUUGUAAAUGUGAAAGUUUAUCGUAGGUACAUAAAGUGGCUUCUGCCCUCGA